AUGAAUGUGAAUAGUGCACAGAGUGUUGACUGCCUCAGUGUUGGAACCAUCUACCGCUUGUCUGCUCGUCUAUGUGAGCUUGAUUAUCUCAACAAACUGACCUUCCUCCCGGACGAACUGGGUCGUUUGCACGAGCUCGUUUCCUUAGAUGUGGCCAACAAUCAACUGGAGAGUCUUAGUGACCAGAACUUCGCCGAGCUGAUGAGUUUGGAGAAGUUGGAUGCUUCUGAAAACCGCCUCUCCAGCGUGUCUGUACUCCCACCAAGACUACGCCAAAUCAACUUGAGUCAUAACCGUCUCGAACACGUUCCAACCGGACUGCUUGAAAAGUUGCCGAAACUCCAAUCUUUAGAUCUACAAUCGAACCAGUUGACGGCCCUCAUUCUGGAUAACCGUAGCCCGUCGGCUCGCUCCGGUUCUCCCCUGGUAACCCUGAAUGUCUCUUUGAAUCGUCUGACUGUGGUUCCAGAUGUCUCAGGUUUGGCAAAUUUAAAGGAACUGUUCCUCAGUGACAACCGUAUCUGUACACUAUCUUUCGCCUCGUUCCGAGACUGCCCGCUUGUUACCCUGGACUUGGCACGAAACUGUAUCGAACAGAUACCGCCGGGAAUUUCCGCAACAUUACCCAGUCUGAUGCGGUUGGAUGUGUCGGCUAAUGAAUUGACAAACUUGCCCACCGAGCUUGGGCUGAUGAAAAGCCUUCAAGUGUUGCUGGUCGAACGUAAUCCACUCAGAUCUAUCCGGCAGAACAUUGUUUCGGGUGGUACAAACGCGAUCAAGGAACUUCUACGCCAACGACAUGUGUCCACAUCGGAGGAUGUUCCACCCGAUUCAUGCACCCCUCAAUCCGUUCAGGUUACCGAAUGUGCGCCCGUACCGGAACAGGCGAGACACUCAAACGUAAAAGGUGACGUGGCUUCAAACGUGGGACGCUCGGUCAAAACCGGCGCGGCCGACACUGCGCUUCCUCGCGUGCCACCUGUCAACCCUGCCGGUGUUCUUCAAUGGAGCGCAGCCCCCAAAGGUUCUCCAGAGUUGUCGCUUCCAGAGCUUGAUGUCGAGGCAGCGUGGGUAGAUGCUUCAGCCUCUGGCACGACGGCAGUUCGAUCCUUGCAAUUAGAACAACGCACGCUACAGGCUUUUCCGAUGGGCAUUUUCGGGUUCGCAUCGACUUUGACCACACUCAAUCUGAGCGUCAAUCGUAUUACACGAUUGCCCGAUGAGAUCGAUCGUUUGGUGAAGCUGACGGAGUUGAAUCUCACGCGGAACCUGCUGCGUACACUUCCAAUCUCCAUGGCAAGACUGCCCGAGUUGGCGGUGCUAUGUUUGGACUCCAAUCCACUGGGACCAGAACUCCCGGAAGCCGCGAUUUUCUCACCCCCACUGUCCGGCACUAUCCAGUCCCUUUCGCUACGCAGUUGCAAGCUUUCCAGAGUGCCAUCAGCGAAUUCGUUACUACCAUCCAAUGCACCGAAGUUGACUCAUUUGGAUCUAUCGGACAACGAUAUCGACACCAUACCCCCAGAAUUGGGGUUAUGUACCCAGCUCAGGUCACUUCAACUCACCGGCAACACGUUCCGCAUUCCCCGACCGGCUGUGUUAGCUCAGGGUACUUCUGCUGUACUUGAAUACCUUAGGUCUCGAAUUCCGGAUUCCUAACCAAUAAUCCUGCAGUCCGCCGCUAUAGAUUUACCAACCGCUUUGAACCAUUCUCAAUGUUGUUGCUUUCGUUUGACAAUUUUAAUCUUACAGGCCGUUAUUUUCUACUCUGUUUCACUUGAAACUGCCAUACUUUGCCCUCUCACUGAUACCUUUACCGUCAUAUGCUGCAAUUCUGUGUUUCCCCAGGUUCUGCUUUCCGCUUUCAUCUAGUUUUGUCAAUUUUUACACCGCCAUCUAUGGUCUGAGAUUACAGACUUG